AAACCUAAGUCUGAGUCGCCCCAAAAACAAUAGACUUGCGCAAAUAAGAGGUGUUUGAAGAUCAUUAAGCGAAUCACUUCAUGGAACAUUGUGGUCAGCUGCUGGGAUUUGGGAAUCUGCAUUUGACUGACAAACAAUCCCCGGGGAGAAGGGUUGCUGUCUGAGAAAGCGCAAUGAAAGAGCGAGACCACUUUGAACUAUUCCAUGUGCACGCUGCACUGCACUCCGCAACAUUUUAACUAAUCAUGGAACGGGACAGGACAGCGAGCACCCGGGAAAAACUUCAGUGGACUUUAUAGGUGUUCUUGACCGACUUGGUGGAUGCCAUGCGUUUUAAAACAUGGAAUUACAAAUUAUUUGGCUAUGGAUAUGUUUUCUAUCACACAUUCCAAUAUUUGCUUUUUUUGAUGUACACGUUUCUGAUCAUUUUCAGCCUGGAGUAGUGCUCGGAAAUGUAUCUCUUGGACGGGGUUGGAUCUAUCAAAUAGACAGGACUUUAACUCCUAAAUACGUGAGACACAUUUUCAAUAUUGAAAGACAACAGGGAAUUGUAUAUUUCUCAGGAAAAGUGAAUUGUGCGAAGUUGCCGAAGAACCCAGCGCCGCUUUACAUUCAGAUCCAAUCAAUUACCUCGGAAAACUUUAUUUUAAUUAACUUCAAUACUUUUGUGCAUGGGCAAAAUUGUUUAAUUAAAUAUAGGAGUAAGAGCGCCGAAGGUAAGCCCGAGAUUUACAUGAACGUUCUCUCAAAAGUAGGGACAUCGCCAUGCGUCUCUACCAGUAUUUUGCUUUUGAACAUUUAUGAACAUUUACCAUUAUUUACUCGACAACCUCACUCUUAUCGUUCAUCAUGUAAGGGAGGGGACUGGAAAGCCGUGUUUGAUAACGGGAGUUUUUCUCCAAACUGUCUGCAAUACAAUGAGCGGAACGAGUUGGAUUUACUCUGCAGGGUGCAAAAUCUUUGGAAUUACACCACUGUCCGUGUAAAAUUGCGAUUUAAUUCUCUACAUAGUCAUGCCAUAUUUAUAGACAGUGAUUUGGGGAGACUGGAUUCAUUGACCAAACGUAAAAAAAGAAAUGUGAAUACCGCUCCCCAGUUUCAACUGCCCAACUAUCAGGUGUCUGUCCCGGAGAACGAACCCGCGGGAACUCGCGUAAUUACGCUCAAAGCACUGGAUACCGACAGUGGAGAUGCUGGUGAGGUUGAAUAUGAUAUGGAAGCUCUGUUCGAUAGCAGAUCCAAUAAUUAUUUCCAAAUCAACUUGCAGACCGGCAGCAUCACAACUUUGCAGCCUUUAGACAGGGAGAUCAAGGAUACACAUGUAUUCAAAGUUAUUGCUACAGACAAUGGCAUCCCUAAAAGGUCGGCCACUGCUUACCUCACCGUCACUAUUAGUGACACUAAUGAUCAUGGGCCUGUGUUUGAGCAGACAGAGUACAGGGUCAGCAUUAGGGAGAACGUUGAGGUAGGCUUUGAAGUGUUGACUAUAAGGGCCACAGAUGGGGAUGCCCCAUCAAAUGCCAACAUGAUCUAUAAGAUUGUGAAUGAGGAAGAAGAUAACGCUGGUUUUGAAAUCGACCCUAGAAAUGGACUAGUCAAGAUUAGGGUUCGGCCUGACAGAGAAACCUUGACCCAGUAUCUGCUCAUAGUGGAGGCUAAUGACCAGGGUAAAGACCCAGGCCCCCGCAGUGCCACGGCUACAGUGUAUAUCUCUGUGGAGGAUGAGAACGAUAACUACCCCCAGUUCAGUGAGAAAAGGUAUGUAGUCCAGGUGCUUGAGAGUGUGGCAGUGAACACCAAAGUGGCCCAGGUGAAGGCCACAGACAAAGACGAGGGCAACAAUGCAAAAGUCCACUACAGCAUCGUCAGUGGCAACGUGAAGGGUCAGUUCUACAUCCAUUCCCCUACAGGUGACAUUGAAAUAAUCAACCCCCUAGAUUAUGAGAUAAUCAGGGAAUACAAUUUGAGAAUAAAGGCACAGGAUGGGGGAAGACCACCUCUGAUUAAUGGCACAGGGAUGGUUGUGGUACAAGUUGUGGAUGUCAACGAUAAUGCCCCUAUGUUUGUUAGCACACCCUUUCAAGCCACAGUAUUGGAAAAUGUGGCUAUUGGUUAUUCUGUGAUCCAUAUUCAGGCUAUUGAUGCAGACUCCGGUGACAACUCUCAUUUGGAGUACAGACUAACAGACAUGGCUCCAGGCUUCCCCUUCACCAUUAACAACAGCACUGGGUGGAUUACAGUCAGUGUAGAGCUGGACAGGGAGACCACUGACUUUUACACUUUUGGCGUAGAAGCAGUGGAUCAUGGGGUUCCUGCCAUGUCUUCCUCGGCCAGCGUCAGUGUGACGGUGCUUGACGUGAACGACAAUGUCCCCACUUUCACUCAGAAAUUGUAUAGCCUUAAAAUUAAUGAGGAUGCUGUGGUGGGUACCAGUGUGCUAGCACUCUCUGCCAUAGAUCGGGACGCCAACAGUGUGGUAACAUACCAGAUCUCCAGCGGCAAUACGCGGAACAGGUUCGCCAUCACCAGUCAGACUGCUGGGGGAGUUAUCACCCUGGCACUGCCGCUGGACUACAAACAGGAGCGCCAGUAUGUCCUGACAGUGACCGCCUCAGAUGGCACACGCUACGACACAGCGCAGGUCUUUAUCAAUGUCACUGAUGCCAACACCCACCGGCCCGUGUUCCAGAGUGCCAACUACCAGGUGAUGAUCAGCGAAGACCAACCAGUGGGCUCCACCGUGGUGGUAAUCAGUGCCACAGAUGAGGACACAGGAGAGAACGCCCGCAUCAGCUACGUCAUGGAGGAUAACGUGCCACAGUUCAAGAUCAACCCUGACACAGGCGGCAUAACCACGCAGAUAGAAAUCGACUAUGAGGAUCAGGCGUCCUACACGCUGGCUAUCAUUGCCUGCGACAAUGGCAUCCCUCAGAAAUCUGACACCACAUAUGUGGAGAUCAUCAUUCUGGAUGCUAACGAUAACGCGCCACAGUUCCUCAGGGACAUAUACCAGGGGACCGUGUUUGAGGACGCAGCUGUGUACACCAGCGUCCUCCAGAUUUCUGCCUCUGACAGGGACUCCGGGUCUAAUGGGAGGCUUAGUUACACCUUUCAGGGUGGGGAUGAUGGAGAGGGGGACUUCAUCAUUGAGCCGUACUCUGGCAUCAUUAGAACAGCCAGGAAACUGGACAGGGAGAAUGUGCCUGUGUACAACCUGAAGGCCUUUGCUGUGGAUAAGGGGGUUCCGCCUCUUAAGGCAGCCGUGGACAUCCAUGUGUCCAUCCUGGACAUCAACGACAAUGCUCCUGUGUUUGAAAAGGACGAACUGUACGUCUGUGUAGUGGAGAACAGUCCUGUGGGUUCUGUCGUAGCCCGCAUCACCGCUACAGAUCCCGACGAGGGAACAAACGCGCAGAUCCUGUUCCAAAUAGUGGAAGGAAACGUCCCAGAGGUCUUCCAAUUAGACAUCUUCAAUGGGGAUCUUAUCGCCCUUACUGAUUUAGACUACGAGUCGAAGAUGGAGUACACAAUCGUCGUCCAGGCGACCUCUGCACCGUUAGUCAGCCGCGCCAUCGUGCACAUCCGCCUGCUGGAUGUCAAUGACAAUUCCCCUGUCCUACGUGACUUUGAGAUCAUCUUCAACAACUACAUCACCAACAGGUCCAACAGCUUUCCGGCUGGGGUGAUCGGGAAGGUUCCAGCCCAGGACCCAGAUGUGUCAGAUAAACUCCGCUACAGUUUUGUGGAAGGCAACGAGCUGAGUCUACUCAUCCUGAACCAGGACACAGGGGACUUGAGGCUGAGCAGAGACCUGGACAACAACCGGCCCCUUGAGGCCACCAUGAAGAUAUCAGUCACAGACGGUGUCCAUCGCGUCAUGGCCCUCUGCACCCUGCGCGUCACCAUCAUCACUGAUGAGAUGCUAACCAACAGCAUCACAGUGCGUCUGGAGAACAUGUCCCAGGAGCGCUUCCUGUCCCCGCUCCUCUCCCACUUCAUGGAGGGCGUGGCGGCCGUCCUAUCCACCAGCCGCACCGGUGUCUUCAUCUUCAACAUCCAGAACGACACGCACGUCCAGGGGAGCAUCCUCAACGUCACCUUCUCUGCCCUGCGCCCUUCUGGGGGAAACGAACUUGGGGGGUCCGGGGGCAUCAUCCCCCCUGGAAGAUUUUUCCCCUCAGAAGCCCUGCAAGAGCAGAUUUACCUGAACCGGACUCUGCUCACCCUGGUGUCCAGCCAGCGUGUGCUGCCCUUCGACGAUAACAUCUGCCUCCGUGAGCCCUGUGAGAACUACAUGAAGUGUGUGUCAGUGCUGAGGUUCGACAGCUCGGCACCCUUCGUGUCCUCGGAUACGGUGCUAUUCAGGCCAAUCGAACCGGUGACAGGGCUGCGUUGCCGAUGCCCAGCAGGCUUCACUGGGGACUACUGUGAGACGGAGAUUGACCUGUGCUACUCAGGGCCCUGCCAGAACAACGGCAAGUGCCGGAGCAGGGAAGGCGGGUACACUUGCGAGUGUCCGGAGGACUUCACAGGUGAGCAUUGUGAGGUGAACUCCCGUUCUGGCCGAUGCAUCCCGGGGGUGUGUCAGAAUGGGGCCAGGUGUGUGGAUCUCCUGGUGGGGGGGUUCGUGUGCCAGUGCCCCCCGGGGGAGUACCAGAAGCCUUACUGUGAAAUGAGCACCCGCAGCUUCCCCGGCCUGUCCUUCAUCACGUUCAGAGGGCUACGACAGAGGUUCCACUUCACAGUGUCCUUCAUGUUUGCCACCAGAGAGAGGAAUGUCCUACUACUUUAUAACGGAAGGUUUAACGAGAAGCACGACUUCAUCGCCUUAGAGAUCAUCGAGGAACAAAUCCAGCUCACCUUCUCAGCAGGAGAAGUCAAAACCACAGUAUCACCCUUUGUCCUAGGUGGGGUCAGUGAUGGACAGUGGCAUAGAGUACAGCUACAUUACUACAACAAGCCCAACAUUGGUCGCCUUGGCUUUCCUCACGGACCAUCAGAUGAGAAGGUGGCAGUCGUUGCCGUGGACGACUGCGACAUCGCCAUGGCGAUUCGCUUUGGUGGCCAGAUCGGGAAUUACUCUUGUGCCGCCCAGGGCAUGCAGACAGGACAGAAGAAGUCCCUGGACCUCACUGGUCCCCUACUCCUGGGUGGCGUUCCCAACCUGCCGGAGGAUUUCCCUGUCCGGAACCGAGACUUUGUGGGCUGCAUGAGAGACCUAACCAUAGACAGCAAGACUGUGGACAUGGCCAGUUUUGUGGCAAACAACGGCACGGCCGCAGGGUGCACGGCGAAGAAGGACUUCUGCACUAAAAGUGUGUGUCUGAACGGAGGAAUGUGUGUGAACAAGUGGAGCACGUACUCCUGUGACUGUCCCCUAGGCUACGGAGGGAAGAACUGUGAACAAGUCAUGCCAUCCCCUCAGCACUUUGACGGCCAAGCCCUGGUGUGGUGGCGCGAGCCAGAGGUAACCAUCGCCGUGCCCUGGUACAUGGGUCUGAUGUUCAGGACCAGGCAGAGCUCUGGCACCCUGCUGCAGGCCAACGCUGGAGACUUCUCCAAGAUACACAUCCUGAUCAGCGGCAAACACGUGCGUUUCCAGGUGUUCCUGGGGGUGAAGCGGGUGGCCCUGCUGGACUUCCCUCAGGUCAGGGUGAACGACGGGGAGUGGCACCACAUCCUGGUGGAGCUGAAGAGCAUCAAAGACGGGAAGGACAUCAAAUACAUGGCCCUGGUGUCACUGAACUACGGCAUGUUCCAGAGGUCAGUGGAGAUAGGCAAUGAGCUGCCAGGCCUGAGGCUGAGUAGUCUGUUUGUGGGGGGCCUGAUGACGAAGGAUGGAAUGGUCCAGAACGGACUCAAGGGCUGCAUGCAGGGCGUGCGGAUGGGCGAGACUUCCACCAACCUGGCUAAUAUUAACAUGCGUCAGGGUCAGAAGAUUCGGGUGGAGGAGGGUUGUAAGGUGGCUAACCCCUGCACUGCUACCACCUGCCCCGAGCACAGCCGCUGCACCGACAACUGGAGCUCACACACUUGUGUGUGCCACCCCGGAUACUUCGGGAGUGACUGUGUAGACGCGUGUCUCCUGAACCCCUGUCAGCAUGUGUCCACCUGCGUCCACCAGCCCAACUCCCCCCAUGGCUACGGUUGCCAGUGUGGCCACAAUUCCUACGGGCAGUACUGCCAGAACAAAGCCAACCUACCCUGUGCUCGCGGCUGGUGGGGGAACCCUAUCUGUGGGCCAUGUAACUGUGAUGUCAGCAAAGGGUUCUACCGAGACUGCAACAAGACCACUGGGGAGUGUCACUGUAAGGAUAACUACUACCGGCCCGGGGGAAGGGACACCUGCUACCCCUGUGAGUGUUUCCAGCUUGGCGCCAUGUCACGCUCUUGCCACCCCCACACGGGCCAGUGCCAGUGCAGGACGGGCGUGAUCGGGCGCCAGUGCAACCGUUGUGACAACCCCUUCGCUGAGGUCACCUCCAGCGGGUGCGUGGUUGUGUAUGAGGGCUGUCCCAAGGCCUUUGAUGCAGGGAUCUGGUGGCCAACGACCCAGUUUGGACAACCCGCUGCAAUGAAGUGUCCCAGGGGAUCCACUGGCACGGCCAUCCGCCACUGCAGCGACGAGAAUGGCUGGCUGCCUCCCGAUCUCUUCAAUUGCACCUCUCUCACCUUCUCUCAGCUGAAAAAAGAGGACGAGGAGCUGCAUCUCAACAGCUCCAGGAUGGACGGAGAGAGGUCAAAGGGCAUGGCCAGCAUGCUGCGGAGCGCCACCAACCGCACAGCGGCCCUCCAGGGCAACGACGUGAAGACGGCCUACAGCGUCCUGACCCGCCUGCUGCAGUACGAGAGCCAGCAGCUAGGCUUCGACAUGGCCGCCACAAGAGACGUCCACUUCCAUGAGAACAUGGUUCGAGCGGGCAGUGCCAUCCUGGACCCCGCUAACAAGGGGCACUGGGAGCAGAUCCAGCGUUUGGAAGAUGGCACGGCCCUACUUCUGCAUAGCUUUGAGGAGUACGCCCAAACCCUGGCCCAAAACAUGAGGAAGACCUACCUGAAACCCUUCACUGUUGUCACGGAAAACAUGAUUGUUUCUGCGGAUUACUUGGACCCGUCCAAUCCAGAACAGACAAACAUCCCGCGUUUCCAAGAGAUCCAGGCCUAUCCAAAAGAGAUGGAGUCCUCCGUCCGCUUCCCAGAGUUCACAACACAGCACGAGCAGCCAGUGGAGGUUAAAGUCUCCACAGCACCAGCCAGAGUCGCAACAGCCACAGACGACCCCAUAGCAACAGCCACAGACGACCCCAUAGCAACAGCCACAGACGCCUCUCCUGUCCAGACUGAGUCCACUGAAUCCUCCACUGUCGGUCGCCAGGCGUCUGCCAAGAAGAAGCGUCACACUGAGGUCCCAGGCCCUCUCGCUGUUGCCGUGGUGAUCAUCUUUAGGACCCUGGGACAGCUCCUGCCUGAAAACUACAACAUUGAUCGUAGGAGCCUACGACUCCCCAACCGGCCCAUCAUCAACACCCCAAUUGUGAGCACGGUGGUUUACAGCGAGAGGGUACCCUUCACCAUUCCUCUUGCACAACCCAUCACCCUGGAAUAUAGACUACUGGAGACAGAGGAGAGGACCAAACCUGUCUGUGUCUACUGGAAUCAUUCCAUCACGGUUCAAGGAACGGGAGGCUGGUCUGCCAAGGGGUGUGAGCUUGUGUUCAGGAACAGCACUCACAUCAGCUGCCAGUGCAGUCACAUGUCCAGCUCUGCUGUGCUCAUGGACAUCUCCAAAAGAGAGCAUGGGGAGGUCCUACCCCUGAAGAUCAUCACCUACACCACUGUGUCAGCAUCGCUAGUGGCCCUCCUCAUCACCUUCCUCCUCCUGGCCAUCCUCCGGAAGCUCCGCUCCAACCUCCACAGCAUCCACAAAAACCUGGUGGUGUCCAUCUUCCUCUCUGAGCUCGUCUUCCUCUUCGGAAUCAACCAGACUGAGAAUGUGUUCAUGUGUACAGUGGUAGCCAUCCUGCUGCACUACUCCUACAUGUGUACAUUUGCCUGGAUGUUCGUGGAGGGACUUCACAUCUACCGCAUGCUGACUGAGGUCCGCAACAUCAACCAUGGCCACAUGAGAUUCUACUAUGCCAUUGGCUGGGGCGUUCCUGCCAUUAUCACCAGCCUGGCAGUAGGGUUGGAUCCUCAGGGUUAUGGUAACCCAGACUUCUGUUGGCUUUCUGUCCACGACACACUCAUCUGGAGUAUCGCCGGGCCCAUCGCUAUCGUAGUACUGGUCAACAUUACUUUAUUCUUCCUGGCCGCCAAGGCCUCGUGCGGAAAGAGACAGUGGACAUUUGAGAAGACUGGAGCAAUCUGUUCUCUACGCAUAGCCUUCAUCCUCCUGUUGCUCAUCAGUGCUACCUGGCUCCUGGGCCUCAUGGCAGUCAAUAGUGAUAUACUCUCCUUCCACUACCUCUUCGCCAUCUUCAGCUGCCUCCAGGGUUUGUGCAUCUUCUUCUUCCUCUGUAUUUUCAACAAGGAGGUGAGGAUCAACCUGAAGAACGUCCUCACAGGGAAGAAGUCCAUAGUGGAAGAUUCUACUGCCACCCGCACCACUUUACUCACACGUUCUUUAAACGGUAAGUACGCGUUCACGGAGGAGGACGGUUUGUACCGCACGGCCAUUGGAGAGUCCACUGCCUCCCUGGAAAGCACGGUCAGAUCAGCCCACAGCCUCAGCAGCAGCCAGACCAGGAAUGACUCGGAGCAAAAGCACACUACAUCCUCCCGCUCAGCCAAAAAGAGUUACAGUGGGGAGGGAGACUCCUCCAUCUUCAUCCGCAAGCGUUCCAAGAAAGAUAAUUCGGACUCGGACAGCGAGCUCUCAGGGGAUGAGCACAGUAGCUCCUACGCCUCAUCAGACAGUGAUAAUGAUAGCCGCAAACAUAGGUGGAACAACGAGAGACCGCCCCAGCACAGUACACCCAAAGUGGAUACGGCAGCCAAUCACAUGAAGCCUUACUGGCCAGUUGAGCCGCCGACAGUCAGUGAGAGUGAGGAGCCCUGCGGGUUGGAGACGCUGCGUAUGGAGACGAAGGUCAACGUGAUGCUCCACCAGGACAAAAAAGUCAAUGGGGAGUCACCCUCCCAGAACGGUAGUGCCCCUCCCAGCUCACCUGACAGCAACCAGACAGAGAAGAGAAGGGGCAUUCUGAAAAACAAAAUCACUUACCCUCCUCCGCUGACUGACAAGAACAUGAAGAAUCGCCUGCGGGAGAAAUUGAGCGACUACAACCCCCCCACCAUCUCCCCCAGAACUACCCCAGUCCCCGUCCCCCCGUCUCCCGUCUCCCCCCGUCUUUGCGCUGUAACCGGGGCCAACCGGGUCCUCAUCAAACCCCCACCUCGCCCACCCGUGCCUCCACGCCCUCCGUUGUCUCCACGGGACCUGCGCAACGGGUUUGUCAUGACAACGACGAGGACGACAAUGUCGCCAUUGGUCAAUGGUGUCAACGGGGUUCAAUACGCCCAAGACUCAGACUCAGAUGGUAGCAACGAAACCUCAAUCUGACCUGGAUGGAAUUCCAGGUAGACAACCAAGGAAGAGGGGCUACUGCGCUAAUACCAUAUGUGGGAUUCAAGGGUCACUAUGACCCAUUCCAGUAGGCCACAGGACCCCUAAACUCAUAUGGAGAUCAGUGUCACCGCAGACAGUUGCCUGCCCAAGGGAAAAAGGGACGAAAGUGUUAGACUAAAUCCCACAGGACAGCGUGAAAACUACAUGUCCCAGCAUGCAGCAUUGAGUUGGAAAAACAAAACAAUGCACUUCACGGCAUGGCCACCAAGUGACGCUGUCUGUAGUUAUUCAGUGCAGGCGGCAUCAGACAGCAGGUUGGGAUUGAAGACUUUUCUAUCACCAGAUGUGCCAUGAUGUGACGCUGACCUCAUGAAUCAGUAAGACCUCACUAAGUGCCCAGCUGUGUUUGCUCACAGAGGCAGAAACAUCAAAAAAACGAAUCAAAGCCGUUGGUCUGUGUAAUUACGAUGUAGAUAUUUUUUCUUCUUCUUUGUUACUUGUUUAUAGGACAGGAAUAACUCAUUUGUACAUUGUAAGGGUUAUUAUUGUAAUAUGAUAUUUCUGGGACGUCAUGUGUAGAUGUGACAGUCAACAAGGUUUUUUACGGAUGUUUUACAAAUUUGCCACUUUUUUUAAGAAAACCAUCCACAGCAUGUAAAGUACUCCCAGUCUGAAAAUACUCUGCUGAUAACAAUGGGAUUUUUAAAGUAUUCAAACACUCACAUAGUAAGUGUAGCUGAACAAAAGCCAUCUUGAAGUAGUAAUUGUAACAUAGGGAGGUGCGUUCAUCUCUGUAUUAGAGUAAAGGUCUUGUCCAUUCCAAUGGUAUCUAAAUCCAGUCCUGGUCACUGAAUGACUUUGAAUGAGAAAAAUGCACUGAAACCUUAAUACUUGCAUUACAAGUUCCAGUCAAUAUCAGAGUAAUAUGUAGAAAUAAAUUGCUACUCUAGAAUGGUUAGUAGAAGCA